AUGGCCUCCAAUGACAACCACAAGAAGCCUUUCAACAAGAAAAAGGGUAAACACACUUACAACAACAAGUACGGUUGGACCCCCGAGGAGGACGCAGCGGUGGAAGCUUUCUUUGCUGAAUCCCCGAAGAAGGAGGGCAAAGAGCAGAUGGACGAGAGCAAAUCGGCGUCUUACCAAGCCGUUGACCAUAAGAAGCCCAGGGCGAGAAUGGAGAACCCGCUCCCUUUCGGAAACAAGGGCUUAGCGGGCUCUCGCUUUGCUGUAGAGGAGGACUUUAAGUUGCUUCCCCGGGGCGAGAAGGGAUUGGCAAACUCACGCUUUGCCACAUCUGAGACCACAGAGGAGGGCUCAAAGGCUUGA